CACUCUUGCCAUGCUGCCGGUUUUGGUCUCUCUGAGCCCCUCCCGCCUGGCAUUAUGGGCCUCAGUGCUGGUCUUGGUCCUGGUUCUUCUCAAAUUUGUUACUUUGCUGCUGCGGAGACAGAUGUUGGCCAAGGCGAUGGACAACUUUCCUGGGCCACCUACUCACUGGCUCUACGGGCAUGCCCAUGAGAUAAAGAAGGUAGGAGGAUUGGAUAAGGUGGUGUCGUGGGCCAACCAGUUCCCCUAUGCCCACCCACUCUGGUUCGGGCAGUUCCUGGGCAUCCUGAACAUCUAUGAGCCUGACUAUGCUAAAGCUGUGUACAGCCGAGGGGACCCUAAGGCCCCAGAUGUGUAUGAUUUCUUCCUGCAGUGGACUGGGAAAGGCCUACUGGUUCUCCAUGGGCAUAAAUGGUAUGAGCGCCGAAAGCUGCUCACACCUGGCUUCCAUUACGACGUGCUAAAACCCUAUGUGGCUAUUUUUGCUGAGUCCACAAACAUCAUGCUGGAUAAGUGGGAGAAAAAAGCUUGUGAAGACAAGAGCUUUGACAUCUUUAGCGACGUGGGUUUCAUGGCGCUGGACACAUUCAUGAAAUGUACCUUUGGCAAAGGAGCCAGUGGCCUGAAUCAGAGGGACAACGCAUACUACUUGGCAGUCAGUGACCUCACACUGCUGGUGCAGCAGCGUAUCGAGACCUUCCAGUACCACAAUGACUUCAUCUACUGGCUCACUCCACAUGGGCGCCGCUUCCUGCGUACCUGCAAAGUGGCACAUGACCAUACAGAUCAGGUCAUCAAGGAGAGGAAGGCAGCCCUGAAAGAAGAGAAAGAGUUACAGAAGGUACAGAACCGCAGACACCUGGACUUUCUGGACAUUCUCCUGGGGGUUAAGGAUGAAAAUGGGUCUAAGCUAUCAGACACAGACCUCCGGGCUGAAGUGGAUACAUUCAUGGUUGCAGGCCAUGACCCCCCAACCAGUGGCAUCUCCUGGUUUCUCUACUGCAUGGCCAAGUACCCUGAGCACCAGAGUCGUUGUCGGGAGGAGAUUCGAGAGAUCAUCGGGUACCAGGACUCCAUACAGUGGGAUGAUCUGAGCAAGAUGACAUACCUGACCAUGUGCAUCAAGGAGAGUUUCCGCCUCUACCCGCCUGUGCCCCAGGUGUACCGCCAGCUCAACAAGCCUGUCAACUUCGUGGAUGGCCGCUCUCUGCCUGCAGGUAGUCUGGUGUCCCUGCACAUCUAUGCCCUCCACAGGAACAGUGCUGUGUGGUCCGACCCUGAGGUCUUUGAUCCCCAGCGCUUUUCCCCUGAGAACGUGUCUGGACGCCACCCCUAUGCCUUCAUCCCAUUCUCUGCAGGACCCAGGAACUGCAUUGGGCAGCAAUUUGCCAUGAAUGAGAUGAAGGUGGUCACAGCUCUCUGCUUGCUCCGUUUUGAGUUUUCUUUGGAUCCCUCUCGUCUCCCCAUGCAGAUUCCCCAAGUGAUUCUGCGCUCCAAGAAUGGCAUCCACUUGCACCUGAAGUCACUAAGACAAUGCUCUGGGAAGUAGCUCUGUUGAGAAUAGAGUCCUAGACCCAUUGGUCUCUUGCUCAGGACCUUUCCCUGGGCAUUGCUAUCUUGAGUAGUGUGGACUCUUGUCUUUGAGAAGCUUGUAGUUUAGAAGUGAAGUAGGGUCCAUCCUACUUCAUCCCUUUGAGGGCUAUGCCAUGGAAAUGCAUACUUAUUGUUAAGUAGAUUAAAGAGCUCACUCAUUCAUCCAACAAACAGUGAGCAUGUACUUCUAGAAUCGUUAAUCUUCUAAUCUCCAAAAAUGAUUAUAGAGCUAUAAUGUAUCAGAAACUCAUCUCAGUCCAAGUGACAUAGA